ACUUACUUGCAGCUUUGCCAAAAGAUGGAGCCACCGGACCAGAACCAAGCAUCCUCUCUAGAAAUUUUCCACUUCAAUACUAGAGUGGAGAGAUUUCACCACUAAGACGUACCCCGUAGGGUUACUAAAUUCUAAGUCCCCAGGACUAUAUACUCAUCAUCACCUCAAUUCAUGCCAAUUCAUGGGAAGCCGCCUUGACAAUCCGUGGUGCUGCAGACGUCGAUGCACCUACAAUUGGAGCAUCGUUAAUAGAUUCUAGCAUUGUGUGCAUUAUAUAUAAUAGAAAAUGUGUAUAGUGUAGUCUAGAAAUGAUUUUAUACGAUGUCAAGUAUUGUGUAAUUUAUAAUGAUAGGAGCUUUUAUCUAAAACGUUGUGGCGCUUGUCAUUUUACUCAGUAUUGUGGAAAAAAAUGUCAGGAAGAAGCCUGGAGUGAUCACAAUUUAGAAUGCAAAUUUCUGAAGAAUUUGCCAGACACCCUUGUGCAAGAUAUCGUGCAAAUUGUAGCAAAAGUAAUAUUGAAAAUAAAAGGUAAAAACUGGAGUGAAAUAACGGAUCAAAUUGGCAAUGAGAUCGUGAGUUUUGCUGACCUUGAUUCACGCAAGGCUAAAUUAGAAUCCGAUCCCAAAACGCAACUACUUGUGAAAGAAGUAAUUGCUUGUUUAGAGACUUAUAUUGGCGAAGAGAAUCUGCCAGAAACAGAUCGCCUAAUAGAAAUAAUUGGAAAGGUGAAAAACAAUAUGAAUAGUUACAGCCUAAGUCCCGAUGCACCAAAGAUUGAAGUACACAGUUUAUUCAUUGGCCCUUCAUUAAUCAAGCAUUCUUGUAUUUCGAAUUCUACUUUUAUGUUCGAUCGCCAUAUUGUGGAGAUACGCAUUACUAGGAAAAUAAAGAAAGAUAUUAAAGAGGUAACCCAUAAUCUCUUUACAAUGGUGUGUGCCAUAACUGCUCAUAAAACUUCAAGAAGUUCAAGGCGUGCGAGAGGAGAGGAAUGUACUUGUUGCGACUGCUCUAAGCCAUAUGGGACAUCUGUUCUUACGAAAAUAAUUGAUGAUAAAAGAGCUUACGGCGUCGUUAUAGAGUCAGAGAUACUUUUAGAUGUGAUAAGUUCAUUAACAGACAUUCAUGGAUCCGAUCUCUCUCGUGCUCCGCUACCUGAAGUAAUUGAGGAAGUCCUGAAGAAACAGGAAGGUGUUCUAGGGGACACCAAUAUUCUUCGUCUUCGACUUCUGGCAGUGAAAUGUCUUUUCAUGAAUGGUUAUCCAAGUAAACAAGUGAAAGAACUGAAAAAACUGCUUGAGUCUAUGAAGUUUGUAUUUGGAGAAUAUUACGAAGAAUUGAUACCAAUUUACCGUAAACUGCUUCUCUUGGGCAGAGUUUUCCUUGAUCAUUCUACAUACAUGCAGUAUGGUCUUGAGAUUAAAUAUCUGUGGCUAAUACCGAUUGCUUUAGAAUUAUGCUAAAAUGCUUACGUCAUUUUCUUUCAUCUGUUCCAGUUUCGUCGUUUGAUGAAUAAAUAGAUUUCUCAAAGCUUGAAAAAGGAUUCACAGCAUUUUAUCUUCCAGUGUGUAUAUAAUCUCUGAAGAAAGUUAUGAACAUCUACAGUGAUUAAAAAGUGUCUUUUUUUAAAAUCAUCUUACUUUAAAAUUUGUGUCCGAAAACACACUUCGAUUUUCUUUCUUGAUUUUUUUUUUUUUUAUUUUCUCAUUUAAUUUCAUAUUGCUUGGUUUUGAAAAUUAGUUUAUUGUUUACAUCUAUAAGAAUAAUAACUGUAACUUUUGCAUUAAAAUGAUAGAAUAAAACUGU